CUCUCUCUCUCUCUGUGGGUGCAUCACUUUUGUGCUUUCUUUUGGUGUGUAGUGGACGCUUCUACACCUGUUCUGAUUCUCUUCCCGAAAAAACAAACACUCUCAGAAACCAAAGGACUGCUUUACUGUUCUCGUUUACUGGUUUUGUACCCCCCCCAGAUCUGAGAGACAUUGUCUCCAGUAUCUAGCUUUGGAUUGAAUUGGGUUUGUUUGGGUUUUGCUGAAGAACCUGCAUUUUGUGCUAGAUCCAUGUGUGAUCGUUUUGUUUGGAGAACAGAGGCUUUGGUGCUGAAAAGGUUAUAUCUUUAGCUCGUUUUGGACUUGUGUGCUUAAAGUACUUUGUUUGUGAGCUGAAAUGGAGGACAAUGUAGACCAACCAGGGAAAGACCCGGUUGUGAGUCCCCAAGUUUCUGAGAAACAGGCCUCUGGUGGUUCAGCUGAAACUGCAAAAAGAGCUACCAAGGUAGUGAAACCUGGUGCUGGAGUUGCAACGAAGACCUCAGUUCCCAUUAGUAGUGUAAGAAAGAAAGUAGAGGCGAAGAGUGGUUUGGAUUCUAGCUCGAGUGCAACAAAGUCAGGUGCAACUGGGACUAAGAGAAGUUCAAAUUCAAUUCCAGUAGUAAGGCGAAACAGCACUGGUGGUGUACCUCAGAAGCCGUCAGUCUCCACCGCAAGAGAGCAGAGCAAUGCCACUCCAACUGCUGGCAACAAGUCUACAGACCCUAUAAGGCGGUCUCUCCCGGAGCUUCAGAGAAGUUCUUUGCCGUCAGUAGUUACAAAAUCUACCAGUGUUUCACAGGCUGUAAAGCUGUCUGCAGGGUCACCAUUAGACCGGAGUCUGAAUAAAUCAUCCGGGUCUGUUGUGAGAAAGCCUUCUGUCAAGCCUGCAUCUUCCGUUUCAUCUUCAUCUUCAAGGAUGACAGCUUCUUCAUUGGACAGUAGUGCUAGUAGUGGAGUCAGGAAGUCACUCUCGAAGCUUUCUUCCUCAUCAGCUAGAUCACCUACUGUUACCAGUGGGGUGAGAACUGGGUCUUUGUCUUCGUCCAUGAAUAGUAGUACUAGUUUAUCUGGCCGCAGGAAAGCAGCAACACCUGAAGGCCGGGAUUCUCGGUUUAUUGUUCUUCCAAAGGUGGAAAUCAAAGCUGGUGAUGAUCUGAGGUUAGACCUUAGGGGUCACAGAGUUCGCAGUCUCAAGGCCAGUGGGUUGAACUUGUCACCAAAUUUAGAGUUUGUUUAUCUCAGAGAUAAUCUUUUAUCUAUGUUGGAAGGGGUUGAAAUUCUGACAAGAGUAAAGGUUCUUGAUUUGAGCUUCAAUGAGUUCAAAGGGCCUGGAUUUGAACCUCUUGAAAAUUGCAGAGUCUUACAGCAACUUUAUCUGGCUGGAAAUCAGAUCACAUCACUUGCAAGCCUCCCUCAGCUCCCUAAUUUGGAGUUCCUCUCUGUCGCUCAAAAUAAGUUGAGGAGUCUUACAAUGGCAAGUCAACCUCGUCUACAGGUAUUAGCUGCGAGCAAAAACAAAAUCUCAACUCUAAAGGGAUUCCCAUAUUUACCAGUUCUUGAGCAUUUACGAGUGGAGGAGAAUCCUAUACUUAAAUUGCGUAAUCUGGAAGCAGCUUCCAUUUUGCUGGCUGGUCCUACCUUGAAAAAGUUCAAUGACAGAGAUCUUUCCCGGGAACAGGUUGCUAUUGCAAAGCGUUAUCCUGCACAUGCAUCAUUAUGCAUUAGAGAGGGUUGGGAGUUUUGCCGUCCAGAGCAUGCAGCAGAUUCAACGUUUCAGUUUCUAGUUGAGCAAUGGAAGGAUAACUUGCCUCCGGGAUUCCUGGUCAAGGAGGCCUUUAUUGAUCAGCCAUUUGAAGAAGAUACUUGUCGCUGCCACUUCACUUUUGUACAAGACAGUACUUUGGUCACCGCUCCACAACUAAUCUUGAAAUAUCAGUGGUAUGUAGGAGAAAGAACACCUUCAAAUUUCACCAGCGUUCCUGAUGCCACUGGGGAGGUAUACUGGCCUAAGCAUGAAAAUAUUGGUAAAAUCUUGAAAGUAGAAUGUACGCCAAUAUUAGGAGAAACGGAGUACCCUCCUAUUUUUGCUAUAUCUUCAUCAGUUUCACCAGGUACUGGAAUUCCUAAGGUUGUGAAUCUUGAUGUUCGUGGAGAACUGGUGGAGGGAAACACUUUAAGGGGCCAUGCAGAGAUAGCGUGGUGUGGCGGCACUCCAGUGAAAGGUGUUUCUAGUUGGUUGAGGAGAAAAUGGAACAGCAGCCCGGUGGUUAUUGCUGGAGCUGAAGAAGAGGAGUAUAAGUUGACCAUAAAUGAUAUUGAUACAAGUUUGGUUUUCAUGUAUACACCAAUGACAAAAGAGGGUGCCAAAGGAGAACCCCAUUAUAAAUACACUGACUUUGUUAAAUCAGCACCUCCGUCAGUCAGUAAAGUUCAAAUCAUUGGAGAUCUUGUUGAAGGAAACACCAUCAGAGGAGUUGGUGAUUACUUUGGGGGAAGAGAGGGACCCAGCAAGUUUGAAUGGUUAUGUGAGCGUAAUGACACUGGGGACUUUGUUUUGGUAUCAACUGAUACAUCUGAGUAUACUUUAAGCAAGGAAGAUGUUGGGCAUCGCUUGGCUUUUGCAUAUAUACCCAUUAAUUUUGAAGGGCAAGAAGGGGAGUCUGUUUCAAUACUCUCCGACGUGGUGAAACAAGCACCUCCAAAGGUAUUAAAUCUGAAGAUUAUAGGUGAUAUGAGGGAGAACAGUAAGGUUACAGUCACUGGUAUUGUCACUGGAGGAACUGAAGGGUCUAGCAGGGUACAGUGGUUUAAGACAAGUUUUCCAACUUUGGAGGGUGAGAAAGGUCUCGAGGCAUUGAGCACCUCCAAGAUUGCCAAGGCAUUUCGCAUACCAUUGGGAGCAGUUGGCUAUUACAUUGUUGCAAAAUUCACUCCUAUGACACCAGAUGGUGAAUCUGGUGACCCAGCAUAUGUCAUAUCAGAUGCCGCAGUUGAUACUCUGCCUCCUAGCCUAAAUUUCUUGUCUAUCACUGGUGACUACUCUGAAGGUGGAAUUUUGACCGGAUCAUAUGGUUAUAUCGGUGGUCAUGAAGGAAAAAGUAUCUACAAUUGGUAUAUUCAUGAGGUUGAAACUGACUCCGGAUCUCUAAUAUCUGAGGUCACAGGGCUUCUUCAAUACCGUAUUACAAAAGAUGCAAUUGGUAAAUUUAUUUCAUUCCAGUGUACCCCAGUGCGUGAUGAUGGGAUUGUGGGUGAGCCAACAAUGUGCAUGGGCCAAGAACGUGUUCGUCCGGGGAGCCCCAAAUUACUUUCCCUACGCAUUGCUGGGGUUGCCACUGAAGGUACCUCACUUACUGUUGACAAGAAAUAUUGGGGCGGUGAAGAGGGAGAUUCACUCUUCUACUGGUUCCGGAGUUCUUCAGAUGGAACUCCAACAGAAAUUAGGGGUGCAACAACUUCUUCAUACACGCUCUCAAUUGAUGACAUUGGCUUCUUUAUCUCAGUGUCGUGCGAGCCUGUCAGAAGUGACUGGGCUCGUGGUCCUACUGUUCUUUCCGAGCAAGUCGGACCUAUAAUACCUGGUCCCCCAACUUGCCACUCUUUGGAGUUUCUUGGUUCAAUGAUUGAAGGACAACGCUUGAGUUUUAAUGCUUCUUAUACUGGAGGGGAGAAAGGAAAUUGCUUUCAUGAAUGGUUAAGAGUGAAAAGUAAUGGUGUUAAGGAGAAAUUGAGUACUCAGGAUUUUCUGGAUUUGACCCUUGAUGAUGUGGGAAGAUGCAUUGAACUUGUCUACACCCCUAUACGCAAGGAUGGGACAAGAGGAAAUCCCAAAAGCAUAAAAUCUGAUGUGGUUAACCCUGCGGAUCCUGAAGGACUGGAGCUUAUCAUUCCUGAUUGUUGUGAGGAUGAAGAAUUGGUCCCAAGGAAAACAUACUUUGGCGGAGAGGAGGGUGAUGGAGAAUAUAUAUGGUACAGAACUAAGAAUAAGCUGGAUGGAUCUGCAUUGCUGGAUAUAUCUAAUGUGAAUGAAGAUGUUUGUAUAUGCAGUAAAACACUAACUUAUAGACCAGCACUUGAAGAUGUUGGGGCUUAUUUGGCCCUUUAUUGGGUGCCCACCCGCAAUGAUGGUAAACGUGGGAAGGCACUAGUUGCAAUUUGCAACUCACCAGUUGCACCAGCUCUUCCUGUGGUUUCUAAUGUUAGUGCAAAGGAGGUGUCUUUGUCUAUUUAUUCUGGGGAAGGAGAAUAUUUUGGUGGAUACGAGGGAUGGAGCCUUUUUAGCUGGUAUAGAGAAACUAAUGAAGGAACUAUCAGUCUUAUUAGUGGGGCCAACUCUCGUACUUAUGAAGUCACGGAUGCGGACUACAAUUGCCGUUUAUUGUUUGGAUACACACCAGUUCGUUCAGAUUCAGUGGUUGGUGAACUGAAGUUGUCUGAGCCAACUGACAUUAUUCUUCCAGAGCUUCCGAGACUAGAGAUGCUUGCCCUUACUGGAAAAGCAAUAGAAGGUGAUGUUCUUACAGUUGUUGAAGUGAUCCCAGAGAGUUUGACACAACAGCUUGUUUGGCACAAGUACAAGCAAGAUGUCAGAUAUCAAUGGUUCUUUUCUUCAGCUGUGGGAGAUAAUAAGACCUUUGAACCAUUACCAACUCAGCGUUCUUGCUCCUACAAGAUGCGAUUAGAGGAUGUCGGGCGCUAUUUAAAAUGUGAGUGCAUUGUGACUGAUGUGUUUGGAAGGUUAGCUGAGCCUGCAUAUGCUGAAACUGGACCAAUACUACCAGGGAUUCCUAGAAUCGAUAAGCUGGAGAUUGAAGGGAGAGGUUUCCACACCAACUUAUAUGCUGUUAGAGGCAUUUAUAGUGGAGGGAAGGAAGGCAAAAGUAGAAUACAGUGGCUCAGAUCAAUGGUUGGGAGUCCUGAUCUUAUCUCUAUACCUGGGGAGGUAGGGAGAAUGUAUGAAUCCAAUGUGGACGAUGUAGGAUACAGGCUCGUAGCCAUUUACACUCCUAUUAGAGAGGAUGGAGUGGAGGGGCACCCCGUGUCAGCAUCAACAGAGCCGAUUGCAGUCGAGCCUGAUGUUCUUAAAGAAGUGAGACAGAAGCUUGACCUCGGAUCAGUAAAAUUUGAGGCAUUGUGUGACAAGGACCAAUCUACGAAAAAGACUACUGCAGUAGGAACUCUUGAGAGAAGAACCCUUGAAGUCAAUAGAAAAAGAGUGAAGGUUAUAAAGCCUGGUUCCAAGACUUCUUUCCCGACUACUGAAAUUCGUGGCACUUAUGCACCUCCGUUUCAUGUGGAGCUGUUCCGAAAUGAUCAGCAUCGACUGAGAAUUGUAGUGGACAGUGAGAGUGAGGUAGACUUGAUGGUUCAGUCCAGGCACCUUAGAGAUGUUAUUGUGCUUGUGAUCAGGGGCUUUGCUCAGAGAUUCAAUAGUACAUCCCUCAAUACUCUCCUCAAAAUCGAACAUAGUAUGUAAGGAACUUGUAUUAAUAUGUUCAUAUAUGCCAGUCUCCAUGUUUUUAGGUGAGCCAGUAAUCAUCUGUUUCUUCCCCCUCUUUAUUUGUCCCCUACAUUUUGUGUAUGUUACCGAAAAGAAAAAGAAAGAGCUGUUGCUCAGAGUGAUUGUACAUUAUUAUUGUAUCAAUGAGAAUAUCGUUAGGUUUGAUAUUCGCUUA